CGCUUCCCUCUUUCUUUGACGUUCAACUCUACGGUACUACCCAGGGCAGUCCCAUCGGGUUCUUGGUCUUUUGCGACUCCAGCAAUUCACAGACUACAGUCCUCCCAGCUAUUAUGUCAAGAUGGAAUCCGAAAACAUGGAACAUAGACAUCGAUCAUUACAUUAAUCCGUGGCUUCCACCUCCGCCAUGGCAGCAUCUUCCAACCCCCGUCUCUCGCUUCUUCGGUUACCGCCGGGAGGUGCCCGAAAAACUCGGCAACAUCGUGCUCGUCUUUUGGGCUUUCGUCGGCGUCUUUUGCUCGAUCGCCCUGAUAGAAGUUGUCUCCUAUAAUGUCCCGUCCUUCCGCCAGAACGGUGUGCCCAUUAUCGUGGCAAGUUUCGGCGCCGCCGCCGUGCUCGAAUUCUACUCCAUCGACGCCCCCCUCGCCCAGCCCCGCAACGCGAUCCUGGGCCAAGUCGUGUCCGGCGUGGUCGGCAUCGUCACCUGCAAGCUCUUCCUGCUGAGCCCGCACUUCGACGCCGUGCGCUGGGUCGCCGGCGCCAUCGCCUGCGCGGCCGCCACGUCGGCCAUGGCCCUCACCAAGACGGUGCACCCGCCCGCCGGAGCCACCGCGCUGCUGGCCGUCGUCGACGACUCCAUCGUCGACCUGGGGUGGUUCCUCCUCCCCGUCCUGCUGCUCGGCUGCGCGCUCAUGCUGGGCACGGCCCUCGUUGUAAAUAAUAUCCAGCGCCGAUUUCCCGUGUACUGGUGGACCCCUGAGGACCUGGCUGCGCAGGGUCGGAGGCGGUGGCCGUGGUGUGGGGAGUCGGGCGACGAGGAAGCGCAGGGUCAGGUUUCGAAGGCUACGUGUGCCGUGGGGGGGGAGGAGGGCCGGCAUAGGCAUGCUGCUGCGAGGUCGGGGGUGUGGAGGACGAAUAGCAGCAGUACUGGGACGUACAUGGAUAGGGAGCUGGUGAUUCGGCCUGGGGUCGUCACCGGUCCUGAGGACUUUUAUCUUACGCCUGAAGAGUUACUCUUUUUAGAGAGUUUGUGUAAGAGGAUAUAGAAUCUCGGCAUGGGGAGAUGGCUGGGCGUACAAAUAGUAUGGGAUUCUAAUUGUUCAUAUUGUUUUUAUUACUUGUGUGUGUUAUUUUUGUGUUGGUCGUUUUUACUUUACCCCUUUUUAUACAUUCCUCGAGCUCCUUUGGCCCCUUUUAAUCGUUCCAACUCGGAAUGUCGGGAUUACUCGUCUCAAGCCACGACUCUUCACCGACCGUCAGCCACUCACUCUUCGUCCCACACGCCUGACUCGGUGACUCACCUGUGCGUGCUGUUAUCUGGAGCAUAAAAGGGGUCAAAGAGGAAUAUACUAGACAGAGUCAACUUGAAUCAUUUCACAUCCCCAGAUUAUCCCACUCC